UUCGCCGGCAAGCGGGUGCCCUUCCUGGUGCUGGCCUGCGUCUGCCUGCUCGACGGGCUGCUGCUGCUGACGCUGGCACCGCCCUGCGCCGCCGGGGCACGGGCCAACAUGCCCGUCGGCACCCCCAUCCACCGCCUCAUGGUCGACCCUUACAUCGCCGUGGUAGCAGGGGCCCUGACCACCUGCAACAUCCCCCUGGCCUUCCUGGAGCCCACCAUCGCCAACUGGAUGGAGGAGUCCAUGGGAGCCAGGAAGUGGGAGGUGGGCCUCACCUGGCUGCCCGCCUUCUUCCCCCACGUGCUGGGCGUCUACGUCACUGUCCGGCUGGCUGCUGCGUACCCCCACCUACAGUGGUUUUAUGGGGCCCUAGGCAUGGCCAUCAUUGGUGCCAGCUCCUGCCUGGUGCCAGCCUGCAGGAAUUUUGGACAGGUCAUCAUUCCCCUCUGUGGCAUCUGCUUUGGCAUUGCCCUGGUGGACACAGCCCUGCUGCCCACCCUGGCCUUCCUGGUGGAUGUGCGCCACGUCUCGGUCUAUGGCAGCGUCUAUGCCAUAGCAGACAUCUCCUACUGUGUGGCGUAUGCCCUGGGGCCCAUCGUGGCUGGGCAGAUUGUGCACACCAUGGGCUUUGCACAGCUCAACCUGGGCAUGGGGCUUGCCAAUGUACUUUAUGCCCCUGUCCUUCUCUUCCUCAAAAACGUCUGCCAAAUGAAACCCUCUCACUCAGAAAGGAACAUCCUCCUUGAAGAAGGACCCAAGGGACUCUACGACACCAUAAAAAUGGAGGAGCGCAAGGGCGUGGGCAAAAGCCUCCGGCCAGUGGGAGAGACAGAAGAGAAUGGUAUGGACUCCUACCACAGAGACCUGACAGGAGCGUCCGAGGACUCAUCGGACUAUGAAUAUAGUUAG